AUGAAUAUCCGCUGUGCAAAACCCGAGGAUCUCAUGAAUAUGCAACAUUGCAAUUUGCUCUGUUUGCCGGAAAAUUAUCAAAUGAAAUACUAUUUCUAUCAUGGUUUAACGUGGCCACAGCUCAGCUAUGUUGCCGAAGAUGACAAAGGCAACAUUGUUGGUUAUGUAUUGGCAAAAAUGGAAGAGCCCGAACCGAAUGAGGAAAGUAAACACGGUCAUAUUACAUCGUUGGCCAUAAAACGAUCAUAUCGACGAUUGGGACUGGCUCAAAAACUAAUGAACCAGGCAUCACAGGCAAUGGUUGAAUGUUUUGAUGCACAAUACGUAUCGUUGCAUGUACGCAAAAGCAAUCGGGCUGCAUUGAAUUUGUACACGAACUCAUUAAGCUUUAAGAUUUUGGAAAUCGAACCCAAAUAUUAUGCAGACGGUGAAGAUGCAUACUCAAUGCGACGAGACUUAUCAGAAAUAGCAAAAGAACUCGAUCCGGACAAGCAAAUUGAAGGCGGCGAAAUCGGCAAUGAAGUUGUAUUUAAAACCAAACCACAUCCAGAUGCUCAUGGCCAUGGUCAUGCUCAUCACGAUGGCCACUGUUGCUCUUAAAUUGCAUUUCAUUCGUUUUCUGGGUUCAUCUUUAAAUUUCUCUUUUCUACCAAAAACAAGGCUACUUGUUGACACAGGUAUCGGUAACAAUAAAUUAUCCAAUAAAUACGCGAAACACAAAACACGGGACUACAAAACAAGAUUGUAUUCAUACGUAUAUUGCAUACUGGAAAUAAAUUAUCAGUCAAAUGGAAA